UCUAAUGCUAUAGAGUGGGUUUUGACUACUCCGGCAAACACAUUUUAGUUAGAUUUUAGAAAACAAAAAAUUUGAUCUGGACUUGGUAAUCGUCACUCUUUCUGAAGUUUCAAAAUGCAAAGCAUAUUUUCGCGCUUUUUGCUCUGAAACACAUAGUUGCUUUAUGGCUUCAACACUUGAACCAAACUCCACUCUAUACUCUUCUCCUUCAUGCCUUCUCUUCAUUUUCACACCAGAAUUUUCAACCCCAAACCACCCUUCAGACUCAUUCACUCCUACACCUUACGUACUUUUACUACUUCCUUCGUUGAUGCCCAAUUUACUCAAUCAACUUUCAUUGUUUCCAGAUUCUUGUGGCUUUUGCAGGAAUACCCACAUGGCCUUUUACACGCCAAAUCCAUCCAUGCUCAGAUUAUCACCAAUUCUGUCUCCAAAGACCAAUUUUUGGCUACAAAACUUGUUAAGGCGUAUUGUGAUUUGGGUCAUGUGGGCAAUGCCCGCCACGUGUUUGAUCAAUUUUCCCAGCCAAAAACCAUUCUAUGUAAUGCCAUGGUUGGUGGGUAUUUGAGAAAUGAGUGGUACAGUGAGACCCUUGAGUUGUUUAAAAUGAUGGGGUCUUGCAAUUUGGCAAUUGAUAGUUAUACCUGUAAUUAUGCGCUCAAGGCAUGCGUGGGAUUGUUAGAUUAUGAAAUGGGUAGGGAAGUAAUAAGGAAAGCAGUUGAGAAAGGGGUUGAAAGUGAUCGGUUUUUGGGGAGUUCAAUGAUUAAUUUCUUGGUGAAAUUUAGUAGUAUUGAUGAAGCGCGAAGAGUCUUUGAUGCAAUGCCUGAAAGGGAUGUAGUUUGUUGGAAUUCAAUGAUUGGUGGAUACGUGCAGACACACCAUUUUAAUGAGGCUUUUGGUUUGUUUUUUGAUAUGCACCGUUUGGGGAUUAGGCCAAGUCAGGUAACUAUGGCAAGCAUAAUUCAAGCUUGUAUAGAAACAAGAAAUUUGAAACUUGGAAAAUGUGUUCAUGGGUGUGUAUUUGGAUUAGGAAUGGGUUAUGAUGUUUUGGUGCUUACCUCAUUAGUUGAUAUGUAUAGUAAGAUGGGUGAUGUUGAAAGUGCUCAAUUGGUUUUUGUUAGCAUGCCUAUUAGAAAUUUGGUUUCAUGGAAUGCGAUGAUCUCAGGAUUUGUUCAAAAUGGGUUGGUGCGAGAAGCUGUUGGCCUCUUUCAAAGGUUGGUAGUAAGUGGUGGUGGGUUUGAUUCAGGAACUGUAGUUAGCCUCCUUCAGGGUUGUGCUCAAACAGCUGAUUUAGAUGGUGGAAAAAUCAUCCAUGGUUGUAUAUAUAGAAAAGGUCUGAAUUCAAAUCUCAUUUUGUCUACAGCAAUUCUUGAUUUGUAUUCUAAAUGUGGUGCCUUGAAGCAAGCAUCCUUUGUUUUUGACCGAAUGAAGGUUAGGAAUGUGAUUACUUGGACUGCCAUGCUAGUAGGGUUAGCACAGAAUGGGCAUGCAGAAAAUGCUCUGAAGUUAUUUAGUCAGAUGCAAGAAGAGGGUGUUGUAGCCAAUUCCGUCACUCUUGUUAGUUUAAUCCAUUCUUGUGCCCACAUGGGCUCUUUGAAGAAAGGAAGAAGUGUCCAUGCGCAUUUAAUACGCCAUGGCUAUGCAUUUGAUGUGGUUAACAUGACAGCCCUGAUUGAUAUGUAUGCCAAGUGUGGAAAGAUAAAUUCUGCAGAGAGGGUCUUUAGCACUGGGUCCAUCUCUAGAGAUGUUAUUUUAUGGAACUCAAUGAUAACAGGCUAUGGGAUGCAUGGUCAUGGGCAUCAAGCUGUUGGUGUCUAUAGAAAAAUGAUAAAGGAGGGACUCAAACCAAAUCAAACCACCUUUGUUGCUGUUCUAACUGCUUGUAAUCACUCAGGGCUUGUUGAAGAAGGCAUUACUUUGUUUCACAGAAUGGAAAGAGAACAUAACAUUAGACCUAGUGAGAAACACUACGCUUGUAUUGUGGAUCUUCUUGGCCGGGCAAACCGUCUAGAGGAAGCUGAGGGUAUAGUCAAACAAAUACCUUUUGAAGCAGGCAGUGUUGUGCUUGAAGCUUUGCUGAGUGGAUGUCGAACUCAUAAAAACAUUGAUAUGGGUGUACAAACUGCAGAUAAAUUACUUCAUCUAGAUUCCAUGAAUCCUGGAAUUUAUGUUGUGUUGUCAAAUAUUUAUGCUGAAGCAAGUAGAUGGGAUGCUGUAAAUUACAUUCGAGGCCUGAUGAGGACACGGGGUCUGAGAAAAACACCUGGCUAUAGUUUAAUUGAAGUAGGAAACCAAGUCUACACAUUUUUUGCUGGAGAUGAUUCUCAUCCAAAUUGGGCUCAUAUUCAUCGGUUUUUAGAAAGCUUGAGGCUAGAGGUGGAAGCUUCUGGUUAUGUGCCAGAUACCAGUUGUGUUCUCCGUGAUGUAGACGAGCCAAUGAAGGUUAAGUUGCUUUGGGGCCACAGUGAGAGAUUAGCUAUCGCAUUUGGUCUUUUAAACACGCCAGCUGGGAGCUUGAUUAGGAUCACCAAGAAUCUGCGUGUUUGUACCGACUGUCAUGCUGUAACCAAAUAUAUAUCAAAGAUUGUUAAGAGGGAAAUUAUUGUAAGAGAUGCCAAUCGUUUCCAUCACUUUCUUGAUGGUAAAUGCUCCUGUAAUGAUUACUGGUGAUUAGGACAUGCUAACAAAUGAGUUUGUCUCCUCAAGUUCUGUUUAUGUACCUCAUACGUAACUACACGAGAAGAUUCUUCAAGUUGAGGGAUAGUUUAACAUUUGAUGCAU